UGCUGCAUCUCAAGCGCUAUACACUAUAUGGUUAUUACGCUAGGUAUAUAUAUAUAUGUGUGUAUACAUAUAUAUAUGCGUGUGUGUAUUUAUUUUAAUUCUUCGUUGGUGCAUGGCCUGGAAUGUGCACUGUGCGUCGUUUGGCUGAGUAAGAUCAAAAUAUGCAUUGUUGCCAAACGACGUAAAAUUUCCCGACAACAUUUUGGAUUGCGUUUAAUCGGCCUUGUCGUGUGCAAGCACUGUGUUGCCAUCGCCCUCCACAUAUUGCGGACGGCCGUCAGCGCAUCAUUGGCUCUGCUGGUGCUGAUGCUGCCUUGCGUGCAUGAGUGUUGCUAGGGAGCCAUGCAGCGUGCGGCCGCAAGGGGAUGAUGGAGUACAGAGAGGGCGUCCUGUUGAUAGGAUUCCCUCACCAUGUUCUGUCAAUACAUGUUUUGUUUCUGCCACACUAUUCGGCAUUUGAAAGAGUGAUGCAGUAGGGGGUGGAUCGAUCCAAAUAUUGAUAGCACUGAUUCAGAGGGUAGUUAUAUUUAUUUUCACAAAUGCCUGCGUUUUUGAGGUGUUGUUCAUAUUGUUAGUUUGUUGAUAGUGAUACAGCCAGGGACAUAUAUUUAAUAUCAGUAAAGAAAAAGUAUUGGCAUCAUUUUUGUUAAAUUUUCAACCUCAUGACGUCUCACGACACUUAACUGCUUAACAACUACUCUUGCAAGUCAGUAGCCCAGAAUCCGAUCACAAAUGGAAAUCGCAGCAGGUCAUUACGCAACAUAAUGGUCUGACUCACGGUGUCAUCUUACAAAGCAUGCUAACAUUAUCACACGGCAAAUUAACACUCAAAUAAUAAUAAUAAAUAAUAAUAUAGGCUACAAGACAAGUACCAAAUACGAGUUUGAAAUAAAAAAUAGCAAUUUUAACUUUUACCCAGAAUGCACUAGUCCCAGCAGAGCAGGUCAUUGGUCAACGGAGUGCGCAGCAGCCAUGCCUGGCAGGCCACCAGAGGGCGAUCAUGAGUGCCUCUGACGUCGCCAUAAGAACUUUUUUUUAGUCGAUUUGACUUGGUAUUGUCAAAUUGUGAUCUACUGAUCCUACUUAAGUAAAUGUUUCUAAAGUAUCAUUAUUCAAACUAACACGAAGUAAACACAUUAAUAUUGCAAACAUUUAAAAAUAUAUAUGUCUAUUAACUACGGUUUUCUCACAUGGUUUACAUGUAAAGUAACAUUUACCGUCACAAAAAAGUUUUUUUUCCAGUGUAGAUGUGUGGCUAGUGGCUUUUUUUGAAAAAGAGAAUGUAUAGGUGUCAGAAUUAGGGCUGCAACUCACGAUUAUUUUUCUUAGUCAAUUAAUCUGAAGCUUGUUGUUUCUAUUAGUCGCGUAAUCGGCUAGGCCCGAGACCAGGGGUCUCAAACUCGUGGCCCGCGGGCCAUUUGUGGCCCACCAAAUCGUAUCUUGCGGCCCGCGACUGGACAUCAAAGAGUAGUGCAACUGCAGCCCGCAACAUCCAGGCAAGCUCAGUGUUACUUCCGUACUUACAGGGGCAAGUAAACACCAACACUGGACUAACAGUGGUGUUAUCACAUGGAUGUAUUGUGUAUUGUAUCGUAUCCUGAGGUACCCUGAGAUUCCCAGCCCUACUCCCAAUACUUGAUGUGGCCCAGACUCUACCUCCACUGGCCCCCAGUCAAAUUGAGUUUGAGACCCCUGCCCUAGACGGACCACGUCAAUAUGAACCAAACACAAGCAGUUAGUGUUUUGGCCUGCCACAUCUCAGAAAAUAUGCAAAAAUGUCUCGCACCGUUUUCCAAAGUCAAAGCCGAUGUGCGUGAAUAUCUCGUUUUGCCUAAAACACAAAGAUAAUAGGUUUGCUUCCAUGGAUGACUAAGGAAAUUAAAAAUAUUAACAUUUGAGAUGCUGCAAUUAGAGGAUAUUUACAUUAAAAAAACAGGUUAAUCGAAUACCAAAAUACUUGUCGAUUAAAUGUAUAAUCGAUUAAUCAUUGAUUAAUUGUUGCAGUUCUAGUCUGAAAACUCAUUAAAUAUACCGACAAGAUUGCUAACUUGGCAACACUAAUCCCUAAUGUCUUCUCUGGUCGACCAGAUGCAUAUAAGGUGUGUUAAGAAUCAACGCUACAACGCCAUCUACUGUACGGAGUUGUACCGACAUUCAUUCCACAGUCCCACUAUAAUGUGUUUAUGAGCACGGGUAGCGCCAAAUGUAUUUGUGUCGGUCCAAAAGUAUUUGUGGCUGGCCCUAACAUCUGUUUGUUUGCCAGGAAGAAGAAACUACAAGUUUUGUGUAAAAUAAUAAUGAUUACAAUAAUGAUGGUGCUGAUUUAGAUGGGAGUGAAUAUGGAUAGAAGUGGCUAUAAUAAAAGUAUGCACCUCUAAAUCAACGACAGUCAUUUCUAUUAACUGAUAUUGUGAUGCCAGAGAGAUAGUGAUGGAUCAAUCAUAAUACACGCAGUUUGUUUUCCAAUGUGAUGACGUUUAAACCCUGCUUUUAAGAACUUACAUAUUUACAUAUAUUCAGUAGGGAGAGGGAUCCAUUCAAGUUUUAGCCUAACGAAAGUGGAGCCACAGAAAAUCAAUGCAGACCUGCUUAAGUAAUUAUUGUUCCAAUGGAUGUUUGUGCUCCCAAAAGCGCUGUAAGUAGAUGCAUUUACAAUAUGCGCUACAUGCAUGUGUAUGAGAGGCUAAUGUGCACCAUAAUGGAUUUCUGGGAGAUUUGGUUCUCAGAGCACAGCAGCAUGUUUCCAUGUCCGGGUCUCUCCUCAGGCAUUAUCUAUGGAUACAUUACAUGUGAAUUGCAAAGCUUUUAAAGAUAAUACAGUAGAGUAUACUGAAUACAGAAUACUGACUUAAAACCAGUACCCAUACAAUGCAUUUUUGGCCAACCGUAUUGUGUGUACAGUAUGCAAGUAAUUGAGUAAGACACACGAGAAGGGAGGGCGUGGUGUUUUGGGACUUUAUCUGUUCCCUGCAGCACUAAGUGUGUGUGUGUGCGUUCUUCCGUGUGUGUGUGGGUGUUGGUGUGUGUAUACACGCAUGUGAUCUUUUCCAAAGAUCGUUAAAGUAUCUCUGGUCUUUUUCUCCACUUAACGAGCUGUGUUGCUGGUCCACUUCCUGUUAAUUGUUCGGAUUAAUCUGCACGUGAGCUUGUACCACUAUGCUGCAUGUGCCUACCCGCCAGUGCUGUGAGUGAUACAGUUUCCUCUGUCUGGAGUUAUCCUCGACCCAGACCUGGUUGUAACACACCAACUGUGGAAGAUGAGCAAGUCCCCCACCCCGAAGGGCACCCCGGUGCAGCGGAGCCCCAGUGAUGGGGUCCCAGAGGGCCUCCAGUCUCCUCAGCAUUCCACACCCAGCUCUGGACCGCAGCUUAAGAAACGCAUCUCAAGCCUCCUUCAGAGUCCAUCAUUCAGGGAGGAACUGGAUGUGCUCAUUCAGGAACAGAUGAAGAAAGGUGGCAAUUCCUCAAACCUGUGGGCACUCAGACAGUUGGCGGACUACAUGACCUUGCAUGGCUCCCCGGCCACCCUACCAGUCUCCCCAUCCAACAUGAUGAUGGUGACGCCCAUUAAUGACCUCCAGGGCUGCGAUCCUGGCAGCAUGGUGAAGGGGGAAAGACUGAUGCGCUGCAAACUUGCCAGCAUCCAUCGUCUGUUCGAUCUCUACGGCUGGGCCCAGAUCAGUCACACCUGUCUCACUCUGCGAGUCAGCAAAGAACAGGAACACUUCUUGGUGCUACCCGACGGCCUGGCAUACAGCGAGGUUACUGGGUCAAGCCUGGUAAAGGUGAAUAUCUUGGGUGAAAUAGUGGAGAAGGGCAGUACCAACCUUGGUGUGGACGCAGAGAAGUUCAGCCUGCACUCAGCCAUCUACUCGGCCCGGCCUGACGCUCGCUGCCUACUGCACCUUCAUACGCCGGCCACAGCUGCAAUUUCAGCAAUUAAAUGUGGUCUCCUGCCAUUAUCCCAUGAGGCCCUGCUUGUCGGUGAUGUCGCCUAUUAUGAAUUCAACGGAGUCAUGGACGCGGAGGAGGAACGUGUGGAGCUUCAGAAGAGCCUUGGACCCACUUGUAAGGUUCUGGUGCUUAGAAAUCAUGGAAUAGUGGCCCUGGGGGAGUCUGUGGAGGAGGCCUUCUACACAAUCUACCACAUUCAGGCUGCCUGUCAGAUCCAGGUGUCAGCGCUGUGCAGUGCUGGCGGUGAAAAGAACCUGAUCCUGCUUGACCGGGCCACCCAUAAACCCAACCAUGCUGGCACUGUGGGCAGGGCCGGCUCUACCUUCGGCCCAAUGCACAAGAGCCGCAUUGGAGAGCAUGAGUUUGAAGCCCUCAUGAGAACGCUAGAUAAUUUGGGUUACCGUACAGGCUACGCCUACCGUUUCCCACUGCUGCUGGAAAGAUCACGAACGCGAAGGGACAUAGAGGUUCCUGCAACCGCCACAGCUUUUCACCAGUUUGACGAUGACGGAGUCCCUCUGGGUCUCAAGCAGCACCCUUUUACCCAGCGCCAGCAGCAGGAGAGAACUCGAUGGCUCAACACCCCGAAUACCUACCAAAAAGUCAGCCAGGAGCAGGCCAGUCCUGGACAGCGCACCACUUGGCUGAAGACAGAAGAGGUGACACAAGCUGGCAGUACUUCCAUCAAGAUAGAAAACCCCAACCAGUUUGUGCCUCUUUUUACUAACCCUCGGGAAGUGAUUGAGACACGGAACAAGAUCCGACAGCAGAAUCGCCAGGACAUGAAGACAGCAGGCCCACAGUCUCAAGUCCUCGCCAGUGUGAUAACGGAUGAUAGUCCUCCGUCCCCAGUCAGCCCACCACAAGUCCCACCAGAGCCUGAAACUCCCAACCCCUUUAACCAGCUGACAGACCAGGAACUAGAAGAGUACCGCAAGGAAGUGCAGAAGAAACAGGACAGCGGCACCAAUGGGGAGGAGGUGGCAGAUGAGACUUCCCCUGCUACCUCCCCCACAAAGGGCCCUCUGCCCAACCAAGGGGAUGCCAAGACGGACUCUCCGGUCAUACAGAAUGGAGGUGAAGAGGAGAAACAGGCGACGGAAGAACUGGAGAAAGGGAUGAAGGCCCUUUCCACCAACGACACCUCCGCUCCUACUGCCCUGCCUGCCAAACCACAGGGCGGGACCCCCGAAGGCUCGCCAUCAAAGUCCCCGUCGAAGAAGAAAAAGAAGUUUAAGCCGCCGUCAUUCCUGAAAAAGAGCAAGAAGCAGAAGGAGAAAGCGGAAACCUGAGUUUGAAACCUUGAUGAAUUAUUGCUGAGGUGUGUCUUUGUGCAUAAUGCAGUGACAGACUGGUGGAGUUGACUGCGUUUCCAACACACGAACAGAUGUAAAGACGACGAUCACACUUUUACUCUUUGGUUUGAAGGAAACAAAACAUACUAUUUGACCCCCUCUGAUCCCCUUAAUUUCAUCACACUUUUCAACACUUUGUACCUCUCAUGUCUUUUUAUCACCUACAGUUUGAUGAAACCAUGUCUCAAGAAGCCAAUCACUCUCCUUUUGGUCAACCAAUAUAUUAAAACAAAAUAUACACAAAUGCAACUUUCCAAUUCCCUGAAAUAGUGCACCCUUGAUCCCCCUAUAAGCACUUGGAAUAAUGUAGAUUUACAUGUGGUGACUGAUCAUAGCAUCUAAUGGUUUAGCUCUAAGUAUGACAUUGAUGUUGCAGUUAUACUAAUGUACUGAUAGCUACUGAAUGCUGUUUAUUGUAAAUCAGUCAGACAAUAAAUGUUAUUAUCGCAGGAAAAAACAAGACGAAAGCUGGCAAAAUCAUCCUGUCUUGCAAGAAAAAGUGGGCAUCUAUAAAAUAUGUCACUGUAGCUUGAAGACUGGUAAAUACACUGACGGCACUAAUACAUCCCACAUUUUCCAUUUCGUAUGUGUAUGCAAAAUACCUCCAGUUAAUUUCUGUCUUAAGUCGGUCAGAAAAAAACAACAAUGCUAAUAUGUUGUUUUCUGAUGGUUUUGUUGAUUUCAUAUUAGAAUGUGUAAGUGAAUGUUGCAAGUUUACCAUAUAUCUGUCAUUAUUAAAGUUUUAUUUGAAAUCAAAUGAAAUUUAA